UCGACCUAUUCGCUCAAGAACAAGAAAUUAAUUUUGAAAAUUUUAAAAAAGAUUUCAGCAAUUGGAACUAACUGAACCUAUCAAUAUGAAUAAUGAAGAACGAGCUCAAAAUCAAGUGGACGAGCAUGUGGUUCCACCACCUAUCCAGGAUCAGCACCUUCCUAUGGAUGGACAAGAAGACAUCUCUAGUCAUCGACAGGUUGCUACGAUGACAAAUCAUCUUGCAUUACAACUGGCAAAGGAAACAGAAAAUGAAGAUAUUCGAAAACGUGCAGAAAACGAGGAAAAAAGACAAAGGCAUGACAUGGAGUGCCGAGACAAGCUGGAUAGAGCAAGAAAAAGCAACGAUUUAGAAGUGCGUGAAAGUUUGAGAAGAAAACGAGAAGAGGACAAUGCUCAAGAGUCUAGGAAAAUGCAGGAGCAGAGAUUAGACCAUCAUCAAAACGAAACACAACGCCUGGAGGAAGAGAGAUUGGCCAAUCAUGCAAACGAAGAACAACGCCUGGAGGAAGAGAGAUUAGCCAAUCAUGCAAAGGAAGAACAACGCCUGGAGGAAGAGAGAUUAGCCAAUCAUGCAAAGGAAGAACAACGCCUGGAGGAAGAGAGAUUAGCCAAUCAUGCAAAGGAAGAACAACGCCUGGAGGAAGAGAGAUUAGCCAAUCAUGUAAAAGAAAAAGAAUGUCUGGAGGAGAGAUUGAGCAUUUAUUCACUAGAAAUACAACGGUUGGAAACAGAGUUGUUGGCAAAGUGUGGCACGGAAAUACUGAACAAACAAGUUGAGGAAAAAAUCGAGGAAACAGGAGAGGAUCUAGGAGUGUCCAGUGAUCGCCCCAAAGAAGAAAUAGAAGAGAAGCAAAUGAGAGAAACAAAGAAAGGCAGUGAGCCAGGAGAGCAGGAUACGAAGCUAUUGAGAAAUCAGGACAUGGAGCUAUGGGAAAAGGAAGAUUGGAAGGAAAGAGAGAUGCAAGAAAGAAAGGGAGAAAGAAAGAGUUGUGAGAGGAAGGACAGAGAGAUGGAUAAGAGAGAGGGAGGCCAUAAGGAAGAGAGAGGAUUAGAAGAGAGUGACAAUAAUUGGGAGGCAAAUGAAAUGCAAGCCAUGGCUGAGGGAAGAAAUGAAAAAAUAAGGAAAGGACAGAAAAUACGUAGAGAGAGGAAACAGCCUGAGAGGGAAACCAAGGAAAUGCAAGAAAAGGAAGCAAUGGCCAAGAGAGAGAUAAAGGAAAGAGAGGAGCUUGAGAGGGAAUCAAAGGAAAUGCAAGAGGAGGAGGAGAAAAGGGACAAGAGAGAGAAAGAGGAAAGAAAGAAGUGUAAGAGGGAACUUAAGGAAGAGAGAGAGAACAAGGAAAGGGACAAGGGAGGUGGAGAAAAGUGAAGUAAGUUAAGAAGUCAAUACAAAAGAGAAUGAGGGAAAAGGCAAGGUAGAGAAAAGGACAUAGAGAUGUUGGAAGCAAAAGGAUGACUAAAAUACAGAAAGUAAAAGCAUGAACCCAAAUUCUUCUCAGUUCUGGCUGGAGACGAUACUGGGUCAUACAUAUAUACUGAUGAAGCAUGGAAAUUUUUUAACCAAUCAAAUCAAAGACUCACUCGUCUCCAGCCAGAGCAUUCGAUUUUCUGUUGGGAAAGUGGGAAGGAUGUAGGUAGAGAAUGUCCGAUGGUCUUAUUUCAUGUAGCAAUCACUUAUUCCUAGUUUAAUAUACUUAGUUUAGUCCUUUGAAAUUAUUCUUUUGCCUUUUUUGUUUCGGUUUAUUACGCAUCUUUGUUUGCUAGUCCCUUGUGUAAUUUGUUCUUAGUUUUGUUUAGUUCCAUAUGUAAAUUUCUUCAGUUAUUGUAAGUGUAGAAGAUGCCACAUAAGUAUAUCGCUUAGUUUUUUUUGUAUAUUUUGUUUAUAGAUAUUUAUUGUAAUUUCAUUUAUGAUUGUAAUUGGAUUGUAACCGUAACUGUAGUCAUAAUAUAGUGCGUAACGAAUAUCAAUGCAAAGCGUUAAGCUACAUUAAAUUGUGAAUCACAACAUUUCAAUUUAUCAAAUUAUUACAAAUAAAUGAA